CCCUUCCCUCUCUUUCUUUCCCAAAACUAACAAACAGACUCAAGAAAGAGAGAGAGAAAGAGAAAAAUGUCUCCGGCGAAGAAGAAGAACCGAAGCUUUCCUCCGAUAAGUGAGUGUAAAAGCGGAGAGUACGAUUCGAUCGCUGCAGAUCUGGACGGGACUCUGCUCCUCUCGAGAAGCUCCUUCCCUUACUUCAUGCUCGUCGCCAUCGAAGCAGGUAGUCUCUUCCGUGGAUUGAUCCUCCUUCUAUCUCUCCCCAUCGUCAUCGUCGCUUACCUCUUCGUCUCCGAGGCUAUCGGGAUCCAAAUCCUCAUCUACAUCUCCUUCGCCGGCAUCAAGAUCCGCGACAUCGAACUCGUCUCUCGCGCGGUUCUUCCACGGUUUUACGCGGGGGAUGUGAGGAAGGACAGUUUCGAGGUGUUUGAUAAAUGCAAGAGGAGAGUGGUGGUCACUGCGAAUCCCAUAGUGAUGGUUGAGCCUUUCGUUAAGGAUUACUUGGGAGGAGACAAAGUUUUGGGAACAGAGAUCGAAGUGAACCCUAAAACGAUGAAAGCCACUGGGUUUGUGAAGAAGCCUGGUGUUCUUGUUGGAGACUUGAAGAGACUAGCCAUCUUGAAGGAGUUUGGCGAAGAAUCACCAGAUCUUGGCCUCGGUGACCGCACCUCCGAUCACGAUUUCAUGUCCAUCUGCAAGGAAGGUUACAUGGUGCACGAGACCAAAUCAGCAACAACAGUCCCCAUAGAGCGUCUCAAGAACCGCAUAAUCUUCCACGACGGCCGUCUAGUCCAACGUCCGACGCCUUUAAACGCCUUAGUCAUUUACCUUUGGCUUCCUUUCGGCUUCAUGCUCUCCAUCUUCCGUGUCUACUUCAACCUCCCUUUACCCGAACGCUUCGUUCGUUACACUUACGAGAUCCUCGGCAUUCACCUCACUAUCCGUGGCCACCGUCCCCCUCCUCCUUCCCCCGGCACACCUGGAAACCUCUACGUCCUUAACCAUCGUACUGCUCUUGACCCCAUUAUCAUCGCCAUUGCUCUCGGCCGUAAGAUCUCAUGCGUCACUUAUAGUGUCUCUCGCCUCUCCCGGAUGCUCUCACCCAUCCCUGCCGUCGCUCUGACCCGAGAUCGUGCCGCCGAUGCUGCCCGCAUGAGAAAACUUCUCGAGAAAGGUGAUUUGGUGAUCUGUCCUGAAGGUACGACUUGUAGAGAACCGUAUCUGCUUCGAUUCAGUGCUCUAUUUGCAGAGCUAAGCGACCGGAUCGUACCUGUGGCCAUGAACUGUAAGCAAGGGAUGUUCAAUGGAACAACAGUCAGAGGUGUAAAAUUCUGGGAUCCUUACUUCUUCUUCAUGAACCCUAGACCUAGCUAUGAGGCCACUUUCUUGGACCGUUUGCCUGAAGAAAUGACGGUAAACGGCGGCGGUAAAACGCCAAUAGAGGUGGCUAAUUACGUUCAGAAGGUGAUAGGUGGAGUAUUGGGGUUCGAGUGCACUGAACUUACAAGGAAGGAUAAGUAUCUUUUGCUUGGAGGCAACGACGGGAAGGUUGAGUCUAUCAAGAAGACGAAGGAAUGAUGUAAUCUAGCUAGUUUCGGCUUUCUACUAUUUUACAUGGGAAUGAAGUGAGGCCUCACUGGUUUUGGCGAUUACAUUUUAAUGAAUUGUUGGAGGAAAAACUUUAGUCGAACAUGCAUUGGAUAAUGAAUUUCAUUUAAAUUUCAUGUACAUGCAAUUUACUAUUUUCCCCUCAUCUUUUUAAAUGAUUAGUAGUAUACUCUAAAAUAUAUCCAGUUUCACAUAUGAAAGAAAACGAAGUCCAGUUAUGUUUGUGGCUCAGUCGUUUCCCAUUGUAGUUUGUUUACGAUCAAUUUUCUUUUUUAGAUGUUUUUUUACCAAUU